AUGGCCAGUUCCCUACAGUUCAAGCGCUUUGCAGCGUUUGUAACUGCCAUUCCAGCAGAUUGUUCGUACAUCAGCAUCGAUGAUGCCAUUGCAGACCCGUACUCGUGGCAGGAUGACGGGUGA